AUGGGCAAGAAUUUGGCGAGACCUUUAACAUUGGCGUUGUUCUGUGCCGCGGUCGGUUUUUUACCAUUUCCUGUCCAGCGGGUUCACGUUCUUGCCGCGCCUGCUGCAACUGUGACGUCCAAGGACGAAACUAGGGGCAAGGCUGGCGCGAAAAGCGAGGUUCUUAGUCCGCUGGAUCAUGAGUUCUCCAGCUACACUCGGAGACUGCUGGAGUCUGUUUCAGUUCUCCUGCAAAGGAUCGAAGCUGUGAAGUUGUCUAAAGGGAAUAUGAAUGCUGUCCACGAGGCCCUAAGGGAGGUGAAAGUAAAGAGGAAGGAGGUGCAGAAAGAGGUCCUCGACGUGCUUAACUCGGAACUGAGGCUGCUGAGGAAGGAGAAGUUAGAACUCGUAAAGCAGUCAGGGGAGGUCCUGGACGCUGCAUUGACUGCAGGGAAGGAGCGGGAUAGGUUAUUGGAUAAGGACAGUGAAGAUGUGAAGGAGAAGGUGGCUAUUUUGGAAAAUAGAAUAAACCUGGCAGAUGAAGAGUAUAAUGUCUUGUGGGAGAAGGUUGGAGAGCUAGAUGACAAGAUGCUCAGGAGAGAGACAUUGACAUAUAGCAUUGCAAUCAGGGAACUUUCGUUUAUAGAGAGGGAAAGCGAGCUGCUGGUGGAGAGGUUUAGGCUUUGGUUGAAGCAGGAGGUACUUGACAGGUACUGUUUAUCAUCCCUACGCCAUGAUUACUGGUUUAUCGUAUGCCAUGUCUAGUUAUGUUGACAGUGGUCAAGCUACGGACGGAAGAAAUCAGAAAGAAUGAAGAACUGGAAGGCCAGUCGCUGCGAGUUUUCCAUUAAUCUUUUAGAUAGUCAGAUUAGGUGCUCAUUGAAUUAUCCCCUUCUGUGAUUUUUCAGGUUCAAUUUUCCACUGCUUAUAAAUAGUCAGUUUCAUCCCUUCUUCUAGUUUAAAUGUUCCAUGGUUAAAUAUUUUGCCUUCAUUGUCCGACAUUCUUUCAUGGAAGAGCUCUUUAUAUGUUCUCAUCUUAUAGGGAUUAAGACUGUAUUUAUGUCCAACACCUCCCUAAUUAGAGUUCCUCAGUGCGUCCUUUAUGGUUGACUCUCUUUUUCUCUUAUCAGCAUAUGAUAUAUGCAUUUUAUUAAGAGAACGUAGAGCACCUAUCUACUGAAGCCAAAUUCCUUCUAGACGAUUCAGUUUUCUAAAACCUUUGCUCCUAUGCUUUGGAGAGUGGUCUCCAUAUGACUAUUUUCAACCCAAUCAUAGAACCCCAUUUCUCCUAGCCAAUGGACCUGACUUCUAACUAUCCUUCUGUGUUACUUUUCUCUGGUGCUUAUAUCGAUUCAUAUGACUUACGAAUACCAAUUGUGAAGAUAUUGAUACAGAUUAUUGGAUCUUAUGGUCUAUACUUGCAUCUGGUCAUGUUUUAUUAUAUUUUGGUAUAUCUAGGCACUGAUCAACCUAUGGAUCCUUCAUCAUUAAUAUAGUCUUCUUUUGGCUGGUGGAGUCUUCAGAACUGUCUUGCUUGUCAUAGUUCUUCCGGGAAUUGUUAUCCUAAAAUUCAAUACUUUGUAAAGCUGAUGUAUAAAUGCUACUCCAAAUUGACAACUCGCGAUUAAACUUCUUAAAAACUCUACUUUUCUUAUUCAUCCUUGUUAUGAAAAAAAAUCUUGCGCAAAACCUUCACAAGGUCAAGCUUGAACUUGCAAAAUUCUUCCUUUGUUCAGGAGUGCGUCCAUUCGUGUCCAUUUAGUGCCUCAUACCCAGCUCGUCUAUUUCUUCUUUAGUACCUAGCUCGUAUUUUCGAAGUAAAUGGCAUAAAUGUGUAUUGAUGAGGAACAAGUAUACCUUUGUGAGACAAUUAUUAGCUUGGACAUGGUUGUGGGUAUUAGAAGAGUUAACCUCUGUUAACAUCCAAAGUUCCUUAAUUUUGGCUUGACUAAUAAAUGAAGCAGGCUGGAGCAAGAUAAAGCUUGGUUGACUUUGUCUUGACUGCUUAGUGAACUGAAUUUUCACAUUACAUAUCUCAGUUCCUCUCCCUUACACUCCUAUUCCCUGUGUCAUCAGGAUUUUCAUAGUACUCAUUAGUGUGCAAUGAUUUCCUUUUUCCUGUGCAUCUACCCACGUUUUCAUCUCAUCAAAGUCCAUCUUGUCGAUAUAAACCUUCUGUAUUUGUUCAUAUAAUUAACCGACAUAGAGGAAUGAAUACUACAAAGUGCUGCGAAAAAUGAUAUUUUCUGCAUUACUACGAGAAAUUUAACUUUAGUGCCUUAUGUGGGGCAGCCUUCCUGCUGAGUGACUUAAAUGAGAUGGUGGAAGCAACAUGCUUUUGUGCUCGCAUUACUACGGGAUAUUGCUUUCUGUAUCAUUUUCUCACAUUGUCAAAUAGUUCUGCCAAAUGUGAAUGUAGUUCUAGCAAGCUCUCAUUUUUAACCGCUUACACUGAUUUAUAUUCGGUCACAGUCAGGCAAAGAGUCCAAGCAAGCUCUCAUCACUUGAGAUAAAAAAAGAUCUAGAAACAGUUCGUAGGAGCUAUCUGGAGCAAAUAGUUCUGCCAUCAGUCAUGGAGCUCGAGGAUGCAGAGUCUUUCAUGGAUCAAAGCACUCGGAAGUUCGUUCUAAAUGUGAGGAAGGCCUUCAAAAAGUCAAAAGAGCUUCAAAGGAAUCUGGAAGAUCGCAUAAGAAAUAAGAUGAAGACAUUUGGAGAUGAAAAGCGCUUUCUUGUUUAUACACCUGAUGAUGAGGUUGUGAAAGGUUUUCCAGAAGUUGAGUUAAAGUGGAUGUUUGGACAAAAAGAAGUUACAGUCCCAAAGGCAAUUCGCCUACACUUGUUUCAUGGAUGGAAAAAGUGGCGUGAAGAAACCAAGGCGAACCUCAAAAGAGAAUUGGUGGAAAAUGAGGACUACCGAAAGGAAUACAUUAAACUGAGGCAGGUAGUUUUUUCAUCAGAAUUAACUUGAUGAAACUUUUCUCCCCUGAUGUUUGUCUGCAUAUUGUUUAUCUUUAGAAUGGUGUGAUUCACUCUGACGAUGCAUUUGUGAUGUAGUCUGCCUAUUGAAUGGACUAUGAUGGAUAAUUUCUCUUAAAUUGUCAUAUUGCAUUGCAUGGCAAUGUAUUGCAGAUCAGCUCUGCAUAGUUAUCUUCACUUAUGAAUCGGGCUUCUCUUUUGCAAUGCAGUGUGCUGAUUCAGUUCGUUGUGACACAUGCUUGCUCUUGAAAAACGUCUUAGUGCAUGGCAAAUCACUGUUAAUUUAUUAUGGUGGGUGGAUCUCAAGUGACGAAUUGCACAAUCAUUAAAUCACACAAAAUCAUGUAUCCCAGAUCUACUCUUCCGUUUGUUGUUUCAUAAGUUAGUCAGCUUAGUUGUAUGUUUUGAUAAUUAACAUUUUCUGAAAGUUUUUUGUUUUCAUACUAUUGCUAGAUAGUGAUUCUUUCUCUGCAAGUUUAUAGUAUGGACAUUGAUGUUUGGGUCACGUCCUCUGGUUUUUGAAUUCUGUAAGAAAUUUUUUUCUGUUUCCGAACUCAAUGAGAAGUUUGCUCUAGGUUAUGUAGUGAAGUGAAUCCUGUGUGAUGGGUUCCUGGCAUGCUAUGCUAUGACUUUCAUCUUCAAUACAUGAACCUAAUGGAGAUUGAUGAAGGUUGGGUAAUUUUUUAAAGAUCGCAUUAUUUUUAACAUUUCACACUAUUUACAUUAUCAUUGCUUUUGCAUGUUUCGACCCAGAGAAUACUGGUUAUGUGGAGAACUCGGUUGUUUUUAAGCUAUGUACCCCUCCCUCCAAUGUAAGGCCACAUCUCGUGCUAAAAUUGUAACUAGUUCAGCCUUGGAUGCCAAUAAGUAGAUGAUGUUGUGAUUACAAUUUCUACAUGGGUCUUAGAGGGAGUACGUAGAACAACCUUUUUUUUUUUUCGGUGGCAACUAAAAUCUAUCCAUUAAAUCAAUGAUAGAAUGUUGUCGUGAUGUUUACUCUCUAUCUGAAUUUCUUAUUUUUUUAGAAGAUUUUUGGACGAGUAUGUUCGUCUGCAACUUAGUAAUUGCAUGUUUUUCUGUUGUUUUUUCAUCUCAAAUAGAGGAAGCAGGCUCUGACCUUUCCCUCUGAAGAGAACUAACUUGGCAUCUAUUAUUGAUGCCAAAAAGGUUUAUAGAUGUGGGGGGUUGUUUAUAUUAGUUGGUGAGAAGACAAAAGGAUCAAGUGUUUCUCUGAAGAACUUGUAGAGAGCUGUAGCAAUAUAUUCAUGAAAACAAAUAUCUAAAGUUAUAUUUUAAAAUAUAGGUGCAACUAGUGACUGCAGAUGAAAAAAAAUGGUUACCAACUUGUUUCAGAGAGAUAAAUAUCUUAUUGAAAACGCAUGGAAGUGGCAGUCCUCAUCACUCUUCUUAUGAUCACGUCAUUAAGAGGCAUCUCAUCGAUGACUAUAGACAACAUGGAAUGGACAUGUUCUCCAGUGUGUAGUCAGCCAUAACUGCCACGAAAGGUUGCUCCCUCAAACAUUGCUUAUAUGUCAAAUUUAAAUGAAUAAUGUGCUCAGAAAAUAUAUGAGUCGGUCUUAUGCUAACUUCGGAAUUGUGCUGGUUUUUGAAGAAAAAACUCCCGAAGUACAGAAACCCUACAGUGGGAAGUGGUUGGUGGAUUGAAAUUUGUCACACCAACCCUGUUUCCCAAGCUAGGUCUGAGGUCAAGUACAUGAGAAACUACAUCAGAGAAAAAAGGAAAUCCACAACGGUUCUCGUCAUCGUUAUCUGAUUGGGUUCAGCUUUAUAUCUCAAUUCAUAGUGAGUGGAGUAUAGGUGUUUGAAUAGUUCUAUUCUGGAAGAUGGGUAUAAUUUUGCAGUUAAAAGUAGAUGGACCUAGUCUACUCAUUCCAAAUGGAUUUUCACUUGGGUGGCUCAAUACUCUGAUGAAGUAAAUGAAAAAUUCUCUUUGAAGUAUCAUGGUUGAUAAUUCAUAAGCACAGCAUGAUAUCUAUGGGGUUUGUGGCUGUACUUGAACAUUCUGCAAAAAUGUCCAUUCAAAGAACUCGACUUUUUACUCCAACUUCAGGAUUUCUUUUCAAGUUGGCCCAAAUUUGCCUGAGAGUUUGAAGAACUAGUUGAAACAAUUUUCCAUGAUUGCCUUUUUUAUACUGUGCAGGAACGCCUCCUUCUGGAUCGCGACAGGGUGGUGGGGAGAUCAUGGUAUAAUCAGGAAAAGAAUAGGUGGGAAAUGGAUCCUGUCACCGUACCCUAUGCUGUGUCCAAGAAACUACUAGAGUAUGCGCGGAUUCGACAUGACUGGGGUGCCAUGUAUGUUGCCCUUAAGGGUGAUGACAAGGAAUAUUAUGUUGAUAUAAAGGUUGGCAACUCUGUGACUUAUUUUUGAUUUUUGCUUCCUCAUAUUCCCCAAUGCCUGUUUUUUUUAGUUGAAAUUCAUUUUUUUAACUUGUGGUCAUCAUCCCUUUUCAUGUUUAUGAUUCUUUCAGGAAUUUGAACUACUCUUUGACGAUUUUGGGGGUUUUGAUGGGCUCUACAUCAAAAUGUUAUCAUCUGGUAUUCCAACUACUGUGCAGUUAAUGUGGAUUCCAUUCACAGAACUGGACAUACGCCAGCAGUUUGUCUUAUCUUCUAAGCUGCUAUAUCAGUGCUUACUUGGACUAUGGAAAUCGUCAAUUGUAUCAUAUGGAAAGGAAUGGGUUUAUAAAAAGAUAAAAAAUACUACUGAUGACAUAAUGAUUAUGAUUGGCUUUCCCAUUGUGGAGUUCAUUAUUCCAAAGCCGGUGAGGCUUGUCCAUACGCUAAUCAUUUAUCUUGUAACAUAUUUUAUUGGCUUAGCUGGCAUACAACAUAUUAAUUGGACAUUCAUUUCAUCUCCUAGGUAAGGAUGAGCUUAGGCAUGGCGUGGCCUGAAGAAGUAGAUCAAUUUGUGGGCUCAACUUGGUACCUAAAAUGGCAGUCUGAGGCUGAAAUCAAUUUCAAGUCACAUAAAACCAACAGCCUUUGGUGGUUUAUUGGAUUUCUUUUCAGGAGCCUUCUAUUUGGUUUUGUUGUGUUUCAUGUUCUCCGAUUUAUGAGGAAGAUACCUAGAGCACUGGGAUAUGGGCCUUUCCGGAAGGAUCCUAACUUACGUAAGUUGAGGAGAGUGGUAAGUUCCAUUUGUUCUAUCACAUUUAUGUGUUUCUGGUUUCUAGUUUAUGCAUGUAAUCGUUAAUCAUAUCGUCUUGUUCUGGUGCAAGUUGCUGCUUAACUUGCUAUAAGUGUUAUGCAUUCUUUGUCAAUUGGUAAUCCAAUACUGAGAAUGCCUCUUAAGAUUAUGGCUUCAAAUAGAUUUAAUAGUUUCCUCGAAUAGGCACAAUUCUAACCAUUUUUUCUGGUCACGCUUCUCUUUCUUUUUUCGUUUCCCUUCUAAAAAAGUGAGUUAAAAAAGUUUCAAACUGUUUCUACCUAUGAUAUUAUUCCAUUUAUUAUUAGAUCUGUGUGCUCUAUAGUUCUUGUUGUGGAAUCGAAUACAUUUGUAAAUAGAUUCUCACCCUGUGGUUUCUUUUUGGAUGACGUAGGGCAGGAGAAAAAAGAAUUUUAUAGGUCGAUAAUGUAGAAUGUUUUAUGAUAAAAUGCAAUUGACGAUGCUUGUUUUGGGACAUGGGGCUAGAUUGUCGGUACCUUCGUGAUAAAAUUAGCGAUACGAGCAAGUUUUAUGCUCAAAAUUGUGCACCCAUAUUACUUGUGAUUAGUAGGUUUGCUGUGAAAAUGAUUGCAUUGUUUAUUCAUUAUUGUUUCUUCACUUAAUGAUGAGGGGUAGUUAUGCUGGUUUAUUCUUGUUAAGCUAAUUUUUCUUCUUAUUUGGAUUGAUAUAAUGGGUAUUGGUGCUGUUUUACUGUAUGCAGAGAUUUUAUCAUCAAUUUAGGUUGAAUCGAAGAAUUCGCAGGAGAAAAGAAGGUGUUGACCCUAUAAAGUCUGCUUUUGAACAAAUGAAGGUGCUCUUUAGACAUCUGUAUUUUGAUUCUUCCAUUGAGUGCAUGUUUAAGGGUGUUCUACCUUUUUUUGUUUCACUUAUUAAUUGUUUGAAUUUGCAGAGGGUUAAAAAUCCACCAAUAAGGCUGGAUGAUUUUUCAAGCGUUGAUUCUAUGAGAGAGGAAAUAAAUGAAAUAGUUGCAUUUUUACGGAAUCCUGCUGCUUUUCAAGAAAUGGGUGCUCGUGCUCCACGGGUAAUGAUGUUCUUGUAAAUUUUCUUCCUGCUUCAUUAACUAGCAUGAAGAUGAUUUUCUGUAGUUAUUAGUUUGUACAAUCAUGAAACUAGAGCUUUUGAUGGGUCAUUCUAAACAGUGGACAUUUGAAGAGUGUCCAUAACUAACCUGUCUUGUUUCAUCCGCCCAAGUUGGCGGUUUUAACAGAUGAACAGAAUUAUGGCGUAUGACUGCUAAGUAAAUAAAUGAUAUGUUCCUGCUGAGAAUAGAAUUGUGAGAACUUUGAUUGAAUGUUCGAUAAUCUCUUGUAGUUACUUUGUAGAUUUUUAUAGUUUGAAAACUUUGUUUUUCCUCAGACUUGAAAUUCAAGAUGCCAUGUCCCAUCAAUUGAUGAAUUGUAUUUUUGAAGAAACAGUCAUAUUUUAUGGUACAGAGAGUGAUUUGGUAUUGCCAUCCUUGGAGUUCUUGUGAACUUGGCUCGCGGAAUAUGCUAUGUUUUUGCAGUAAAAAAAAGUAGAUAGUUUUUCCACGAGAGUGCUCUCUUCACUUGAUGAAACUAGCAGGAUUUUGAGUAGUACGAGAGCAUGUUUUUUGGGUACAGAUGAAAGGGACGUCGUGGAUCAGAUAGGGACAUUCUAGUGGAUUCAUUUGUGAGGAAGCUGAAAUUCCGAAACGAUAUUACAUUGAUGGAUGGGGGUGGAGAUAGAAGACUUUUGGGAGGUAAGGAAAUGGAAGUUAGAGCACUUUGCAAGGCUGCAAAAUGAGUGCACUUUUUUUGAGGAAAGUUGGAAUACGAUCGAAAGGAAUUUAAGAAUAGUCAAAUGAUUGGAAAUUCUGGUCAACCAAGUGUCGAAUACGGGCAUACAUCUUCUAUUGAUUAUUCUUUUGAAGAUGAGGUAUAUCUAGGAUACUGGAUGAUAUAUACAGUGAUCUCCUUUUCUCUUAAUAUUUCUCUGAGAUGUGUAUUCAACAUCAUAUAUUACUCAGAUUGUGUCUCGUUUAUGGUGCAGGGUGUUCUUAUUGUUGGUGAGAGAGGAACGGGGAAAACAUCCCUUGCAUUGGCCAUUGCUGCAGAGGCCAAGGUUCCUGUUGUUGAAGUUAAAGCUCGCCAGCUGGAAGCUGGGCUUUGGGUUGGGCAAAGUGCAUCAAAUGUCAGGGAGCUAUUUCAAACUGCAAGGGAUUUGGUUUGUCCUCUCAACCUUGUUGACCAUUUCCAUUAUUCUUACCAGAUAGACAGGUGGCCCAAAAAAUAAUGAACAUAUGACCUAAAAAGAGAUGAGCCAAUUUAUUAAUCAUUUGUUUUUGGGAUUUCCCUAAUAUUAAUCUCUGGCCUUUCUUUAGUCCUUUUUUUUUUCUUUUCUUGAAAAGCACCAUCAUGCUGAAUACCAUUAUGUUUUUCGAAAUUUUACGUCUGUCUCGCAAUAUUACCCGAAUAAUUGCUCUAUUUGUUCUCAUAGACUGUAUAUAGUCUCAUCUCUAUACUUUAUUUGCGGAAAGACACCUAUUGUUAUGAUCAUGCAUAAAGGCCUUGGGGCUGACUGUGGAGAGAGGCACCAGUAAGUGUUGGACCUGCUGUUUUUUUUCCCAGCCAUCAUUUUCUUCUGUUGGAGAAGAUAUCUCUCUAUUCGUUGUAUUCAUUGUAUUAUCCUUGCCCUUUUAAAAUUUAAAGUUUCCUCCUGCUGUUUUCAUUAAAUUAUGAACAUCUAUUAAAAUGCUGGUGCUUUUGGCCAUUUCCAUUUUCAUCCAAAUCUUAAAAAAUCUAUAUUGUAGCCUGUUGUGCUCCAUCCUUCUUGUCUUUGUAGUUUAGAGAAUAUCUUUCAUACUAUAGAAUACUAUCUGUACAGGUUUUCCUUUACUCCCUGUGGUCAACAUAAUAAUCUGUAGUACUACUAUAACUGCAAUGCUGUUGCAGUUCGUGAAAGUUUUGAUAUUACCCUCUCUCUCACUAUUUUGAGUCUUACAUCUGUUCGUCCAUUAUUAAUUAAGAAGUCAUAUCUGACACAAACUGAAGACGCAGCAGAAAAUUAGACAAAGAGGAGCUUUUAGGUCAUGUAGAAAAAAUGCCAAUCCAAACCUUUAAUUGGAAGGGAUAUUGCAUACCUAUUCUUGGUUUGAUGAAAUAUUCGGCAUCCUAUACAUAAUGAAAUGACUUUCAAAUUAAGAACUCUAUCUUCAUGUCAUGUUUUGGAAUAAAUUUCUGUAAUGUUGUGCUCUGCUAAAAAAUCAGAUAUAUUAGAACUAUUGAUUUCGUACAGUAUUUUUUUGACUUUGGGAAUGCCAUUGAAAUUUUACUUGCAUCAUUCAAUGGCGAAUUUAACUUGGAGUCCUUGUAAAAGGACCUAGAUUGUAUUUAUCUUUCGUCAGGGCUUUUGAUGAAAAUAAUGAUACUUUGUUUCGUAGGCACCAGUUAUCAUCUUUGUCGAGGACUUUGACCUCUUCGCGGGCGUUCGUGGACAGUUUAUUCAUACUAAGAAGCAAGACCAUGAAGCUUUUAUAAAUCAACUUCUUGUUGAACUUGAUGGGUAUGUUUCUUGUUCUUUCCUUACGAUUGUUGCUGCUAUGAGCUAUUUCGUAGAUUCUCUAUUUAGUUAUAUCAGUUUGUUGUUUUUACAUAUGUAAUCGAGAAUUUUGGUUAUAGUCUAUUGAUCAUGCGACCUAAGAGAAUAGAUUCGUAUGAAUUAAAUCUAGCACGACUAGAGAGAACAAAAAGAAAUGGAGAGCGUAUCUCUCAGGUGAUAUUGCAAUCUGUAUAUAUCCUCUUAGAGAGUCAAUUAGAAUAAAAGUUUAAUAGGCCCACUAUCAUUGUGUGCUAGUGAGCUAUUUAGAAUAUACACCCAUUAGGCCAGCCCAAAUCAUGUCUUACAGUGUAAUGCUGAUUGUGUGCUACGAAUUUUGAACCUUAAGAUAUUAUUAUUAUUAUUAUUAUUAUUAUUAUUAUUAUUACUAUUAUUAUUAUUAUUAUUAUUAUUAUUAUUAUUUUAUAUUUAAGUACAAGAGCCAAGAUCCCAAAGAAAGACAGGAUAAAUAUAGAAUAGGUAACUGACUUUGGGAAUCAAUCAGCAAGCUGCUCAACAAAAGAAAUUUGAUGAAGAGACGGUCUUGGGGAGGUACUGUUGAGAAUGAAUUGAUUAUAAAUUUCUAUAUAUUUGGUCCUCUCAUGGAUGACAAUAUUACUGACGACUUGUAGAGUGUACUGAAUUCCUCUCUAAGUGGCCAUUCCAUGUAGUCUAUUUUCCUUGGGUCCUUGAGCUUACUCUUUUGUUGAGUUGAAGAUUCGAAUUUUUCUUUCUGAGCCCUCCAAGGUGCCCUCAAUGUUUUCAAGAGAGAUUAUCGCAUAGUUUAAAGUGGAUAAAAAUCCCCACUGAAACUAUUUCAUUCACAUACACUUUCAGAAACUUGCAUGUAUCCUCACAAGUUUGAAUGUUGAAGGUUUUGGCUGGAGUCAGUGUCUUGGUCUAUAUCAACAUCCGGCUUCCGUAUUUCCUUUUUUCCAAGUUUAGGCUAUCAUCCUUUUCCCCUUCUCUUCUGGUUUUAGUUUUGUUGUACUUUAUGACCAUAUCCCUACCCCUGAGUUGUUCCAACAUUAUUUUUUUCAAUUCCUCUUUUAAUACAUCCCCAAAGUGGCGCCAUUGUCACAAUAAAAUGGAGUAAGAACUGAGGAAGCUAUGCUUAAAUCUCAAAGAAGCUAUCGCCGAAUGUAUCAAUCAUAGGGUAGUGCAAGGCCUUUGUGUGGGACUGAGAGAUGACGACCUACCUCUUGUUCCUUUUUGGGGAUGAGAGAGGAGUCUAGAAAGAUGCAGAUGCUUCUUUUUUGAGAGAGCAUGAUCAUUAUCCCAAUGAACAUCAGUACAGACAUCAAGGUCCAAAGGUUUAGUGAAUGACAUAAACAAGGAGUGGGAAUGGGUCUCCCGUAGGUAACGAAGAACUGAGGUGGGGACAAUAUAAUGGAUUGAGGUAGUAGCACUAACAAAUUGACUCAAGAUAUGCACAAUAUGAUCAAUGUUUAGACGAGAUACCUUCAAGUACACAAAAAGUGCGAACAAGUUGAUGGUAAUGUGUUAGUCCCCCCAACGAUACACCACUGGAGGGAUGAAUCUUCAAGGGAAGUUCCCUAGGAUUGUCAAUUGUUUGAGAGCCCUUGGUGAAGCUAUAUAUUGAUGUGGUAGAUAUAAUUUCUCUGUGAAGAUAGGUAAAUUCGAGUAGAAUAAGCGACAUGAAGACAUUUAGCGUAAAGGCUUGAUAUCUGUCAUUUCAAACUGAUGAUAACGUUACACCUUUUGAGAGAUGAAUUGAUCAUAGCAUCAUCUAACUGAUACUCAUGUUUUUAGAUGUGAGUGUAUAAUAUAUGUAUCGUUGAGGUUUUGAUUCUUGUUCUUUCCAGAACACAAUCUAUUCAUCUGCUUCUUUAUGAUGUAAGAUUCUGUUGAACCCAAAAGCUCGUAGAGAACCAAAUCUAAAUUUGACCAUUGUGGCCAAUGUCUCUUUUUGACAUUCUUCAGGAUAUUAAAGGUUUCAUGGAUGGUAAGUUUCUUGAAAAUUGUUCUGCAAUGGAUCUAAGAAGCAGCUGAUUAUGCACUCGCACACUGCCUUGAAGCUUACCAAUGCUUCUUGGGGAGAAUUCCCUGAUCCAAAAAAGCACGGAGUUUCUAACUAUGUGAUAGAUGUAAUUGCCAAAAAAUUGUGAUAGUUUAGUGCACUUAGUUCGCUACAGAAAACUUUAAUUUAUCACAUUUGGAGAGGUCAAAGUUAAUAUUAUGUAAACCCCAUUUCAUUGGAAAAAAAAAUUCUUGGUCCAAGGUGACUGUAGGUAACCAAGAAGGAGAAGGGAGCCAUAUUUAGCACUUUAAGUUUAUUUUUCAAUAGUGACGUCUCAGAUAAUUGAGUGAAAAUGAACGUACGCAACUCAGGGAUUUAAGGUGAUUUAGCUCUGCCCACUCUACUAUUUUGAGACUUCUGAUAAUGAUCAUUACACGUUUGGCAAGAAGGUAUUGUGUUAGUUUUAUAUUUGCCAACGUACACACUCUUGGAUUUUCAGCUGUGGGGUACCAUCAACUCUUUUAAAUCAAUUAGUGAAACAAUUCAGUCAAAAGAAUACACUUGUUGAACUUACAACACUUGUUUAUCGUUACAUAAUGAAAAGAGAGUUUUUAAGCGCUUAAGUUCUCAAAUUUGAGUUCGGAACUUGAAAUAAGCUCCAUUGGUUCCAUCUAAAAUUUUGGAAACGUAUAUAAAUGAUUCAACAGAUCAUACUACCUGCUGGAGAUUGAGUUGAGCCUUCUUCAACAUCCAAAUAACAGCUAGUAUUGAGACUGAAAAUUUUCUUAUACUGCGUAUGCUCUGUCAGACAAACUUAUGAGUCAACUCAUUUUAGAAGUCCCCGUCGCAGACUAUGAACAAAACAUAAGCUAGGGUAAUUGACCACAUUGAAUGCUGACCGGUUGGCUGUUAAAAUAUAAGCUAGGUUCGAAUCCUACUUGGGGAGAUUUUCUGUUUUCUCAAUUGGCCGGGUGGCGAAUGAGAAUUCGACUUUAAUUAAGUUGCAAGUGGCUCACUUCGGAACGAUCUGUGCUUUGAUCUCCUAUCCUAAAGUCAAGAUGAAUCAAAGAAUUUCAUCAGAAGCGACUAGCACUUCCCACUCUUGUACUUUAUGGUCUAGUCUUUCCGUACUCCUUCCUUGCUGCCAAUGCACGUUACUAGGAGAGUCAGCAAGCUACCUUGUUUGCAUGGCAUUCGUUAAACAGUAGCUUCCUGUCUGCUGAAAUUUAUGUGAAUGAUCGUGUCUUCGACAUAUCGUCUUGAGGAUGAGUUGACAGAUUCUAGAACUAAACUUUUCAUUGCGUGAGGUCUAUACAUUUCAGAAGGUAUCGAGUAGACAACACAGUUUGGGUCAUAUAGAGGGACAAUAGGAGCGGUGGAAGACAGACCUGUGGCGUUUUAGAGCUUGAAGUUGGACGAAGACAACAUGUAUGGUCAAAAACUGUACUUUAUUGGAAGUAGACCUUGAGUUCUGGGGUCAAUCAGGUGGAUAACUUAUAGCCACUUUGAAGAGUAGUGAAAGGAAACUUUCUCCUGGACACAUGUUGGCUGUGGAAAUAAUGGUUACGAAAGUGACUUAGGUUUGCCAGUUCAGGCUCAACUCCUCACGAACCAAGCCCCAUCGCCAGGUUGAGGCCAUGUCUCUCUGAGGCAAGGCAUUCAUUCUUUACUUAACAUAAGGAGGGGUUCUUCUUUGAUUGAGGAAGGACGGACCCACCCCCAGGCUGACUAUUAGGGCCGGCUAAUCCAGAGAAUCACAUGCGUCAACUUGCCCAGUUUAAAUAAAUGCGUGGAAGGUAGGUGAACUUCUGUACCCAGAUGGGUCAGUCACUCCGGUACCAAUCUGUAACAAAGUUUUAUGUUAGGUUUUGUCAUCUUUGGAGUAUAUGAAAAGUUACAAAUGAAAACUUUGGGGUUAUUGUUCGAAUUACAUAAUAUAUAAGCAUAGUAUUAUAGCACCUUUGUUUUUUUUCUUGGAUUGCAUCGGUUAUUUCGUCUCAGAUACCUGAUUUCUACCUAACGAUAGUGAGAGAAACUCCAGUGGUAGACGGAAUGUUAUAGUCAUGGUGGAAUCUCUUUCUUCAGGUUCGAGAAGCAGGAUGGUGUUGUUUUAUUGGCUACCACCAGAAAUCUAAAGCAAAUUGAUCAGGCAUUGCAAAGACCUGGCCGCAUGGAUAGAGUAUUGCAUCUUCAGCGUCCGACUCAGAUGGAAAGGGAGAAGAUAUUGCAACUAUCAGCCAGGGAAACAAUGGAUGAGGAACUUGUUGGUUUUGUAGAUUGGAGGAAGGUAAUUAAAUUGAUGGAAUGAUUAUGAAGAUGCAAAAAUUUCACAUCUCAAAAAUAUACGUUGGCCCAAUUUGUUUAUAUUUUGUAACAUUUUCUGACCGACAAUCCUUAGAAGAAAUACUCAAGACCGCUUUUGUUACGUGCCUUUGAAAGACCUAAUAAUGUUUACACUUGAAAUAACCUUUAUUAUGUGAAACUAUCGUCUGUAUAUUCAAUUUCUUAGGUAUUGGUUUAUAGGUUGUCAAAUAUGUUCUAGUGUAAUCCAAACUUCAUAAACUUCCUCAAGCUCAUUUUUUACUUUAUGAACCACAUCUAUUAUUGUUACAAAAUAAAAAGUAUUAGUUUUUUUAAAAAACUCCUCCAUUAAGCUAUUUGUUUGCAGUUAUCCCUUUGAACACCAUGGUUUUGCAUUCACAUUUGGCUGACAGAAAAUCACUUUUAGUAUUUUCUGAGUCAAAUGAUUUGGAUGCCCCUGCAUGUUAGAUUAGAAGAUUCAAACGGAACGGCUUGUGAUAUCUGGAUAUGUUGAGACUCUACCCUUCAAAAAUAAGACGUGCUUUUUAAGCAACUAAACAUUCUUGAAAUGGAUUUUAAUUGUUUGGAGAAAUAAUAACCUAAAGUUGAAUCCAAUUGUAAUAUUCCUUAGAUCAGUUCAAUUAUACCUUCUCCCAUCUAUCUUAGCUUUUGUAUCAGAACCUAUCCCAAGUUAAUAACUCUCUAUGACCGUGAUAUAAGUGAGUAGAAGCGUUUCCUUUGUGUUCUCUGUCUGAUUUAUUUUUCUAGGAUUUUGUCUUUUCUUAUCAAGCCAUGACGUUUCUUUUGCUCCCAGGUAGCUGAGAAGACUGCUUUAUUAAGGCCUGUAGAAUUGCAGCUUGUUCCAUUAGCCUUGGAAGGCAGUGCCUUCCGGAACAAAUUCCUUGAUACAGAUGAACUAAUGAGCUAUUGUGGUUGGUUUGCGGUACGAUUCCCACUGUGACUUUGAGUUUAAUUCCAGCGGAAAGAAGAUCACUCGUCCAGAUAUUAUUGUUGCAAAAGCAUAUAUUUCAUUUGUCUAUUUUAUAAUAUAGGAAGCUUCGUAGACUUAUUCAGGAACGCAAGGGCACGUGUUACUUUCAGGUUAAGGCUGGUUCAUUGAAAACUUUCAUAGUUCUGCUGGGUAGGCUUUCAGGUUGCCCUUUUUUCAUUUUAAUGUGAUGUUAUGACAUGAAAUCUAAUAACAAGGUAGCUUGGUUUUCAGUUCCAGUGAAUUUUUACUAUAUAUCCUUAAAAUAACCUAGAUUUAUUAUUAUACCUAUUGAACUCUCAUAAUUACCCAUAUCUUUGAGAGUAAAAAAAUUGAACCUGGAUGUGGAGAUGUUUGGGAAGUUGAGGAGGGUAUCCCUUUUUUUGUGCUGAUUUUGUUCGUCUGUGCGUCUCUGUUUUUCCCUCAAAUACUUGCGUGAGUCAUUAGCCUUUGUUCUCCAUUUUAACAGACAACAACUAGGAAAGAGAAAAGGGAUGGCGUUCUCAUAUUGUGCCAAAAAUUGAAAUUUAUUCGUAAUUUUUUUUACAAAAAAGGCAAAAUAUUUAUGCUCUACAAGAACGAAACAGUCAUUUAAAUAUUGUUUGCAAGUUUACAGUGCGAUGGCUAAAUCAAAGGAACUUAGUCAUGAGAGGGGCAUUUAAAGAGAUUUAUUGGACGUCCUUUGCAUGUGGACAGACAUGCUGAUUACGGAUAUAAUGUCAAGACUUGAAGGUUACGAGGUUAUAUAGACAUAAUACGUAGUUCUAGAUGUCCUACAGAUUUUGCUGUUAAAAUUUAUUUCAUUUGCGGGUGGCAUGCCAACUUUAUUUGACCCUGUGCUGAUAGUAGGAUGGAUCAGACGACGAUAUUUAGGGAUGUGUUGACAGAUUAUACUGCAGCCAUUACUUUUCCUUGGAAGUCUUCUUUGCUUGUUUAAGUUAGGCAAAAACAUGCAUCAUCUGGGUUUGGGCUACUGGGAGGGGCAUUGUAGUCACCUCUGCAUGACAAUAAGACACCUCCAUCAGCACCAAAUCCAUUCUGAUUUCCUAUUCCCAGCCAUAGCAUCCCCAAGAACAAAGAAAACGAUUUCUGUUUGUUGGCCCCUGUGCCAUCUGACAUUAAGAUAAGCAUGCAAAUCCAAUUUUGGUUUUGGUUUUCUCUUGCACAUAUAUUAUUCAAUUAUUUUUUGGUAUUUGGUAUUCUAAAAUUGUUUGAUAUUUAACACCUUGUUUUUUCGUAUAGAGCCUGAGCAGUAAUGUUCCAAGGUGGCUGAGGGAUGUGCCACCUAUCAAAGAGUUUAGCAGAUGCUUGGUGAAUCAUCUUGGCUUGGGAUUGACGAAAGAAGACAUGCAGUCGGUUGUAGAUCUAAUGGAACCUUAUGGGCAAAUAAGCAAUGGCAUUGAACUUUUGAGUCCUCCUCAGGAUGUAAGAAAAUUUGUGACAAACAUUAUUGUCUGAUAUUCCACAGAUGUGCUUUCCGUGCGACUUUGUAGGAAUAUUUUUAAAAAAGGAUUUAUCCAUAUGACGUUCAUUAUUUUUUCUUUCGUGUUUGGUAUUAUUGCAUUUGUCGACCAAGUCUAUGAUGUACCUAAUUUGUGUAUUUCUUUAUGAUUCAUGACCGAGUCAUUACGUCUGUCCGAGCUUUUCGCACAUUCUCGAGUUUCACUUCAAUACUGAAGUGGAAAAUCUUUCAAAAUUGUUUGAUAAGCUAACGUCUUAAAUUUUAGAAUGAAAUGCUGUUUUUGUUGCAUUCUUGGAAUUACUAGAAGUCUUUGAAAAGAUGUGGCGGCCAAAGUUUUGGCAUCAUAAUUUGAAUCUCUUUGUUUUUGUCUUUCCAUGUUCUCUAUUGAGUUUGAUUCAAAGUUUUAAAUGUUGUCUUUAAUUUGAAGAUGUGUAACCUAACUUCUCCACUGUUCCUAGGAAUUCUCUUUCUUGUUUGAAUCACAAAUGUCCAACCCCUUGGAAUUCACCGAUGAGAGAUCUUUAAUCUUGCUUCUGUUAUUGAAUUGAGUUAUCCUGCUUUAUAACAAUUGGAAUUGAGGCCUCAAAUCUGACUAGGUUACUUGUUUUCAAAGUGCCAUGGGCUAUUUGUAUGCUGAAGUUUGAUAUGCUUAUGGUUAAAUUUUGUAUGCUGAAGUUUGUUGUCAAAGAGCUUUGCGUUAUUUGCUUCAUUCUGUUGUGUUUCUGUGUGAUACAUCAUGCUUACAUUUAGGAGGCGUAUAGAUAGUUCUUGUUUUAAUUAAUUCGUCAACCUUUUGGCGAUGUUUACUUUAUCUGGAGCUCUUCAAUGCAACAAUAUAUGCUUAGUUAUUUCUCUGUAUAAUAAAAAGGCCUGUCAGUGACGAAUUAAUUUUCUUCACAGUGGACUAGAGAAGCAAAAUUUCCGCAUGCAGUCUGGGCAGCAGGGCGUGGUCUAAUUGCCCUUCUUCUUCCUAACUUUGACGUGGUUGAUAAUAUAUGGCUGGAGCCAGCAUCAUGGGAGGUUCUAUUUCAAGCUCCUUUCCUUUUUCUAUAAGGGUUUUGUACCUUUGUUGCAUCAUGUGUUCUUUUCUUUAAUACAGAUAAGUUCCUCACUUUUACUACGUCUUGAUAUUUGUUUACAUUUCACUAAUCGAAUAAUUCAUAUAUCACAAGGUUAUUGUUGCGACAGGCGCUUGUAGCUCUUUGAUUAGCUUUGGAAGAUGAGAAGCACUUGGAAGAUGCACUCGUAUUUUUUGGUCAUUGGCAGUGCAUCAAGUCUGUCUGGUCUUGAAAUGAAUUUUUUCCAGUUCAAUUAAUCUUUUAGUUUAUAUGGAGAGAAACAUUAUUUUCCUUUAUCUUUUUAUUUUUAUGCCCAAGUUAUCCGAUUCUAUAAAAUCAAGGUUUCUUUUAGGUUUGUUUGAAAUGUGCUUGUUGGGUCACAUAAUUGCUACCAACUGAUCAUGGUGCAUACUUGCCAAGACCACACCAGGAAUGGACAAUGUUCAACUUCAGAAACUUGCCCGAAAGUUUGCGUAUUUUUCCCCAUCUAACCACAAAAAAAUCUAAAUACAUUUUUUAAGAUGAAGGAAAUCUAACCUAGAGAGGUAGGAUGAAUAACCUCACACUUGAUGCCUAUGUGGCGAAUUUCAUGAAGUAAACGUCUCAAACUUUCUCUAAAUUUUCAGACAUGGUCUAUCACUAUUUUCUUGUUUCAAUGGCCCUAAGAUGGUUGGAAGAAAAAAAAACUCUUGGUUUAAGGUUCUGGACUCAUUCCACUCAUUGAUUAAGAUUAUAUCAGACUAUCCGAUUGGUUAGUCUGUUUGAACACCAUUUCCAUUUUUUCAUUUAGUGGAUUCUAAAAGUGUUUGCACGUACACAUUAGGGUAUUCGAGUAGUCUCACACUGGAAAGGAAAAAAUAAAUAAUAUGAUAAAAAUAUAUAGUCUUAUUUCAUUGUUUUGCUUUAGACGGAUUCACUGUUUCUCAAAAAUCCGAGGUCGAGGUAAACAUUUAGUAAUUUUGUCAUAUGAUAGUCCUCUCCUUUCCUAGUUCUUUGUGCUUCUGUAUUUGGGUUUUUAAACUCUCGUACGUUCUUGCUUGCUAAGUGAGUUCUUUACGUGAUUAUAGGGUAUUGGAUGUACAAAGAUAACGAAGGCCAGGAAUGAAGGGUCAAUUAAUGGAAAUGUAGAGACAAGAUCUUACCUUGAGAAGAAGUUGGUAUUUUGUUUCGGUUCAUAUAUUGCAUCUCAGUUGCUGCUUUCUUUUGGUGAGGAAAACUUUUUGUCCUCAUCAGAACUUAAGCAGGCACAGGAGGUAAACUCGUUUCCUUAAAAAAACUCAAGAUCACAUAAUUUGUAUGUCUCUAGCAUGAUUUACUUUACAUAUUGAUUGCCAUUUCAGAUAGCUACACGCAUGGUUAUUCAAUAUGGAUGGGGCCCCGAUGAUAGCCCUACUAUUUACUUCUGCAACAAUGCGGUAAUUACCUUUAUUGAGUGUUGCACGAUAAUUUUUUUAUUUCAGUUUUUGCUCCUGCAGUUUGCAUUGGCUCAUAGAAAAUCAUGAAGUGAAAAUAAAUACGUGUAGAAAUGUAGAAGUAUUUUCCUCAAAAUGUCAAGAAGGAUUUUCCACCUUCUGUACUUCUUUCCUUAAAAUACACAAGAGUUGAAAUAAUUUAUUCACUUUCCUGAUUCUUUUGUCAAUUUUUUCAAUGGAAAAUGCCUUUAUCAAGUUAUAUCUGUACAUGGAAGGCUCUUUGUAGGAAAAUAGUUCAUUUAGACUGUGAAAUUGAACAAAAUAUCCAACGAUCAUAUUUCUUGCCAAACGUCUGGAAUGUACCAUUUUUUAUUUGGAACUUUGUAGAAAUCUCCGUGAGUACUGAUAUCCCUGCCUAUGGGAGACAAAGUUGUCUAAAUUGUGGUUUUUAUGCACCGUAUACAUGCACAACACAAGUUAUUUCACUAUAUCAUGACACCAAAAUUUAUGAAGAGAUCAUAACUUAACCCACAUAAUUUUCUUGUCCAUGUGACGAACUUGAUUGGGUGAAAAUAACAUAAAACGUUGUAUUCUAUUGUUCUUUUAACAGUAUAAGUACUGCUUUCUAGACAUGCUGCAAUCACAAGAAAUAUUUUCAAGUGAACUUUCUUAUUAAGGACUGCCACUCUUCCCCGUUCUUCCUCCAAUGGCUGGUAGAAUUUCCAAUUUGACUAGGAAAUUGUCGAUUCAAGUGAGAUCAGCUGAUUAUCAGUCUGCUCUUUUUUUCUAUUUUCCUCAGUAUGAAACGGGAUCCAGGUUUCUCCCUUGAGUUUGGAACAAGCGUGGUAGAUUCAAUAUAAAUCAACCUGUUUUUUGCUUUUAUGUUCCCAUGGUGAAUUUUAUGAAUGAAAUGAAUGCUAAAUCGUCUGAAAUUGUUUGAUUACUGCCAUUUAAGUUUUCUUUGGAUACAUAAUAUAGUGGAAGUUAGUAUGUUUUACCGUCUAAUGUUUUCGCACAGAGUACAGCCAUGAGUAUGGGUAAUAUCCAUGAGUUUGAGAUGGCGGCCAAGGUUGAAAAGGUAAUGAACCAUCCGUGGCUCUUUACAUUUUUUUUCUUGUGACUUAAUAUGGUAAUCCUCAAAUGUCGAUCGUCAUGUUCUUUUUGUUUAGAUGUACAAUUUGGCAUAUGACAAGGCGAAGGAAAUGCUUGUGAAGAAUCGUGCUGUACUUCAAAUUAUUGUGGAGCAAUUACUUGAGUUUGAAAAUUUGACAGGAAAGGUAUGGAUGAGUUGCUGCCUAAAUCACUCAUGUCUGCAUACAAUGAUUAGAAGUAGAUUGCUCCUUCAUUUCUUGCCAAAUGGCAUUGUUAUUAACAAAGAAGAGACCGAGUCAAGGAAUACGGUAACUUGCAUUUCAUUGACUUCUUUUCGCCACUUUUACACGUGCAAGUUGCUGUGCCAAAAUUCUGGAGUCUGCACAUGA